GGGAAAAAUUUAGAGCCCUAGAAUUUUCCACACAACUGCCUGUUGCCUAUUUAUAGGCGACCAUUUCUAUAUUUCAGUUAUUCGCAUAGAUCGAUAGAGAGCGAGCGAGAAGAAAGGGAAGACAUGGGAGAGAAUAAAGGAAAGGGAGAUGAGAAGGAGAAGAAGCCGAUUGAAAAUCAGAAGGAUAAGAAUGGAGGCGGUAGCGAGAAGAAGAAGGAAGGUGGCGGAGGAGGAGGGGCGGAGAAGAAGGAAGAAGGGCCGCCUAAAGUCGUUCUUAAGGUCGACAUGCAUUGCGAGGGCUGCGCAUCAAAGAUCAAGCGCUGGGCCAAAGGAUUUGAAGGAGUGGAGGGCGUAACGCUGGAUAUGGCGAACAACAAACUGACAGUUAUUGGGAGUGCGGAUCCCUGGAAGCUUCGAGAGCAUCUAGAGGCUAAGACUCGUAAGAAGGUUGAAAUCGUGUCGCCAGUAAAUCCACCAAAGAAAGAAUCCGGCGACGGCAAGAAGGCUGCCGCCACCGACGGCAAGAAGCCGGCCGACGGACAGAAGAAGUCCGAAGCCGCCGGAGACUCUAAGGACAAGCAGAAGCCCGCCGAUAAGAAAUCCAAGGAGCCGGUGGCGUCUACUGUGGUGCUCAGGAUACGUCUUCACUGCGAUGGCUGCAUUCAAAGAAUUAAAAAGACCAUUUUCAAGAUCAAAGGGGUGCAAGAUGUGAGCGUCGACGCUCAAAAGGAUUUGGUGACGGUGAAAGGGACCAUGGACGUGAACUCGCUGCCAUCGUACCUCAAGGACAAGCUCAAUCGCGGAGUCGAGAUUGUCUCGGCGACCACCGGCGCCGGCGGCGGCGGUGGUGGAAGCGAGAAGAAGGAGAAACCCGCUGCCGCAGCCAGUGGAGGUGCAGGCGGUGGCGAAAAGAAGGAGAAGGGCGGCGGCGGCGGCGGCGGUGGUGAGAAGAAGGGUAAUGGCGGAGGAGGAGGCGGUGAGAAGAAGGGUAAAGACGGAGGAGAUGGUGGGAAGAAGGAAGAGCCGGCGUCGGCGACAGCGUCGGCGGCGCCGCCGGUAGUCGAGGCGAACAGGAUGGAAUAUUACGGUGGGCCGUACGGGUACAGGGCGGAGAUGUUGCACGCUCCGCAGCUCUUCAGCGACGAAAACCCAAACGCCUGCUCGGUUAUGUGAUGCCUGCGGCGCAUCUUUGGUUAUCUUAAGUGAUGCCAGCCAGCGUUUUAUUAGCUAUUAUGGUAGUAAAAUAGGGUUUAUUGUUGUAGAUAAUGAUAGAAAUGUAGCGUUUGAGACUGAGCGUGAAAAGGCAAAGCUAAAAAAUGACGGUUGUCGGUCGAGUUGAGAGUGUCUGUCCGCUACUUUUUAGAGUUGGUUUAUUCAAUUUUGUUAAAUAAUAUAUUUAGUACUUUAAUGGAUAAUGCUCUUAGAGUUA